AUGGCCUACGAAAUGAUGCUGUACCCGAAGGAAAAGACGCCCCAGACCGUACCGGCCGGUAACUAUACGUCGGACGUGUACGCAUCGUACGCGGAACUGUUCGAUCUGUCGGUGCUACCGAACGACGGUGAGGUCCCACUGAGUCCCCAGUCCCAGCAGCAGCAGCAGCAGCACGGUUUCGGUGGUCCCGCCCAAAGCCCGGAGUACAUCCCGGCCACGAUCUUUCACGACGUGCCGACUGGUGGUGGGCCGAUGCAGCAGAUGAAACAGGAGCACCCGUCGGCGGCCUGGUCGGACAGUUGGAGCAGCAGCGGCUACAGCAGCUGCGGUAGCGUCAUCAGCAGCAAUCCCGCCUCGCCGGAAUCGACCGCCUCGUCGUACGGGUUGCUGGACCAUCCCCAUCAGCAACCGCUGGGCAGCCGUAGCACACUGUCACCGUACAACGGUGUCGGUUUGCUGGACCAACCGAUCAAAACGGAGUACGAUUCCGGUGCGGAAACGAGCAUCGAUCUGGAGUCGCUGCUCGGGGACGCCUCGCCGUACCAUCAGUCCCAGGCCCCGUCACCGGCGUUCGUGAAGGUGGAGCAGUGCUACGGAGGGCAGCAGCUGGAGCAGCCACAGCCGACCAAACCGCACGGUGGUUUCCAGAUACUGCGGGAACAUCUGCAAGACACCAGCUUCCAGCGACGCCACAACCUGAAACCCUUAGAGCUGGAUUCGCUGAUCGGAGGGCUGACGACCCAUGCCGAUAUCGGGCCGGUGUUUGAGUUCGCGCUGCAGGAGAUGAAGAACGGGGUGCAGGCGACCUGUACCGAGCUGGGCAUCUCCUCCGAUCCCAAACAGUGGACAACGGCAAAGGUUCACCAAUGGUUGGAGCUGGCGAUGGGCAAAUAUUUCCUGCCCCGGCUGGACAACCUGCCGGUCCUAUUCCCGGAGAACGGUGCCCAACUGGCAGCACUGCCGCUGGAAGAGUUUGUGCGCCGUAUACCGCAGGGUGGUGAUAAGCUACAUGGCUAUCUGGAGCUGUGGAAACAGAUUCACCGGCUGAUGGUGGGCGAUAAUGCAACCGUCGAUAGUAUGGUCACCGAGAGUCUGACCGGCGGUGGUGCCAUCGCCUCGAUGGGCUGUACCGCUGGUAGCAAUAGCGGCUUUGCUGGUGCAUUGCCUGUGGACAGCAUGCCGGGAGGUGUUAUGAUGUCCGGCAGCAGUGCUGGAAGUAGCAUUACCAAUGUCACUCCCGGUCCAAGCUCCAGCCCUUCGAUGGUGGACAACUUCGACAGCGACUCCAUGAACGGAGACAUCAGCGAUGAUGACGACGAAGAUAUGCCCCUGGAAAGCCCCGGCAGCUCAUCCUCGGCUGGUGGUGGUGCGUCCACAACCACCACGACCGGCACCACCACCACUGGUCCAACGCCGAAAGCACGGCACGGCGGCUCCCACAUCCAUCUGUGGCAGUUUCUGAAGGAGCUGCUGGCCUGCCCGGAACAGCACCAGAACGCAAUCCGCUGGAUCGACCGGUCGAAGGGUGUGUUUAAGAUAGAGGAUUCGGUGCGCGUUGCACGAUUGUGGGGCCGCCGCAAGAAUCGGCCCGCCAUGAACUACGACAAGCUGUCGCGCUCGAUACGGCAGUACUACAAGAAGGGUAUCAUGCAGAAAACCGAACGCUCCCAGCGGCUCGUCUAUCAGUUCUGCAGUCCGUACGCACUGUGA